GUAUAUCGCAACUUUGUGGCUACAGUAGCUCAGUUCCCUGUGAGAAUUUGAUUGGAGGAUUCCGCUUUCAGGUUUGAUGAAAAAACCCAAACAACUAGACAGGUGGCCUGAAUUUCGUUGGAGCACACCUCUUGCUCUUUCAUCAUCUUAGUCGGGAGAGCCAACGCCCUUCAGGUUUCCCAUCCCUCGCGACUGUUCACGCUAAGCCUCGCGUGACUAGCGCUGCUGCUACGCCCGUUGAAGCAGAGCGUGAGACUUCUUUGCCCUCUCUGCUUGAUAACAUUCUGUUCAAUCCGCCUUUCCGCAAUUUCUCUCUCUUCUCUCUCCUCGUGCCGACGUAGUCCGUCGCUCAUCAUGAGAGAGGAACGCCUUACUCGCUUGAAGGCUGUGACGCGGUUCUGUUGCAUCGUAGUGGACGAAGUCGGAGCCCACUGGAUCGCCAGUGGGUUUGCGCAUGACUUUUUGCGAGUCUGUUGCGCUCCCGAUAUAAAAGUUCCCAUUUUCUCGUUCUUCCAGCCUAUGCACACAUCGACGCAGAUGUAUGAGGGUCUUGCGACAAAAAAGGCGCAACUGGAAACAAAGCAAUGACAGUAUAGGGCAUUAAUUCUGUGUCACCUGUCGGCUUGCUCGUGGCUGCGGGUAUGUCUAGACUGAAGUUGACCACUGGCUUCAUCUCCGUCAUUCGUCCAAUUGUCUCACUAUUUCGGUGCCAUCAAAACUCAGCUGUCUGUACUUCCUCAAAAAUGCCGGCGAAGGAAAUCGUCUUUCACUGUGAAUAUGCACCCAGUGGGCGAGCGCGUUGUCGGGUGUGCAGUAGUUCGAUUCCGAAAGGUCAACUGCGGCUUGCCACGAGCCAGCCAUUUGCCGAGCCUUCAUUGGGAGACACUGAGGACGUUCACGUCAGCAAACAGAGAACGAUUGCUGCCGAGGCUCCGCGAUGGUGUCACGCUAACUGCUUCAGGAAAUUCAAGACUUCGAAUCAGUGGUGGCGAACCCAUGUUGACGACGCGGAACUUUUCGUUGGCUGGAGGGAAUUAUCAAAAACCGAUCAGAGGGAGCUGCGCCAGUUCGUUGAGGCCGUGCGCAACAACAAGAUGCCCAAGCCCUUCAGCCACAGUGACCCAGAAGCUCCAACUGAUGACACGUUUCUCGGCGCAGAACGAGCUGACGAAAGCGCUAAAUAUCUGGCCUCGCAAGCGUUCGAGAAAAAGAAGAAAACUCUGAGACAGUCAAAGAGGAAUGAGAAGGAGGAGACAGACAACGAGGAGCUGCCGUCGAAGAAGAAGCCCAGGGAAGAGGCUCAAGGCGAGCAUCCAGCCAAAGCCAGUGGAAAACGGCCGACAGGAACACACCAAGGGGUCGAAGCGACACUGAAAGCGGCAUACGGCAAGAAGGCGAAAGGACAAUCCACGCGUGUGUUUUCUCCAGGCGAAGCUGUGGGCAGUCCGAAAAAACGACCAAGCCAAAAGGCAAAGACGGAAGUUGGGGGAGGUGAGGGACCACUCUCGCCAGAACAACGGCACGCGAUUGCAGUCGCUGCAGAGUCAGCAUCUAAAGCGACAAUGUCAAGGCUGAAGGAAAUUCUACGCCACAACAACCAGAGGAUGAGUGGCACGAAAGAAGAACUCGUCCAGCGAGUGGCAGAAGGAGAAGUGAUGGGAGCCGUACCGAAGUGUCCUGAAUGCAACGAGGGAUUCCUACGUUUCGAUCACAACAGCGGUGUGUACAGCUGCCCAGGGUUCAUGGAUAGCGAAGGCGACUACCACCGAUGCACAUUCAAGAGCAAAGACGUCGUACGCCUGCCUUGGAAGAAAUACUGAAACGGGAAGAGUAGUGGCGGUGAAGGAGCGCUUCAGUUGUUGCGUGCAUACCAGAACGAUUGAACGUGAAAAACAAGUUCCGCAACAAGGGAUACAUGUCUACGUGGAAGAAGCACAUGUCGAAAACAGUGUGUCUCGUUUCUGCAAGUAUACUGCUGAAAACGCGACGAAGACAAGCGGUUGCCAACAUCUCGUCUCUUGUUUCAUUCCUUCACACAAAAGCUCGCAUGCUGUUGGUCGGAAACGUACGUAGCCGACAGCAGAGGAGGACCCGGAAGAGAGUCACUGAAGGCUUGCGAAUUAACGCAAGUAUCAGACGAAGCUUCGUUCAUUGGAGAAGAUGAAGAUAAAUUGAAAAAGAAGUAAAAACGUCUUUCCUCAAUCCUGAAGAAGACCGAAUAGACAAAACUGGCAGUUCCCUAAUGACCACCUGGUGGUAGCCUGCUCGCAUGUAUUUUAUGUGCGUUAACGCCUGGUAUUUCCCUUCAACCACUGUGCGUGUGAAGUGAUAUCGGGCAAUCGUGGUUAGGGUAAGCGGAAGGAGAUGUCUUGUGUUUAGACAUGGUAAUAAUGUGACUGAAAGAAGGCGCGUGAGAAGCAAUUGACCCAGGGCGCAUAAAGGGAGGAAGAGUUUGUAGGAUCUGACACUUGGUAGCAUCCCCAACGUUUAAUGCUCUUGGCUAUUGACAACUUCGUCAGUUCCCACAGUGUCUGUGGCAGCAGUAUCGGCCUGCGUUUGGUGGUUGCAACACAGUAAAAACUUCGGCACCGUACAACUCCUGGGGGGGCACGUUGCCGAGCUGUAAAAUACUUUCAAGCGACCUUGUCGACACACCUUGAUUCGAAGAGGAAAACAUGCUUUCAGGCGGUGGGAAGAAGCAACGGAGGCAACGGCAUCCGUUGCUGGUUCAGUGAACGAGUGGUAAUUGUGGCAACUCCGUGAUGGUUUGAGGUUUAACGGAUCGCGACGUGCUCGCUGAGUCACUGGCUAUUCGAUGUUUUACCGGUUGGCAA